AUGUCUGGAGGUUUGGUUGUCGAAGUCCCAAUAAAAAAAGAUACUCGGUGUAAAAUUAGCCUGAAGAUUCAUUCUUUCUUUCUUUCUUUCUUUCUUUCUUUCUGUUUCUUUUUUCUUUCUUUCUUUCUUUUUAUCGUUUCUUUCUUUCUUUCUAUCGUUUCUUUCUUUCUUUUUUUCUUUCUUUCCUUUUUCUUUCAUUCUGUCGUUUCUUUCUUUCUGUCGUUUCCUUUUCUUUCUUUCUUUUUAUCGUUUCUUUCUUUCUUUCUUUCUUUCUUUCUUUCUUUCUUUCUUUCUCCCUUCCUUUUUAUCGUUUCUUUCUUUCUUUCUUUCUUUCUUUCUUUCUUUCUUUCUUCCUUUUUUUCUUUCUUUCCUUUUUCUUUCUUUCUUUCGUUUCUUUCUUUCUUUUUCUUUUUUCUUUCUUUCUUUUUUUCUUUCUUUCCUUUUUCUUUCAUUCUGUCGUUUCUUUCUUUCUGUCGUUUCCUUUUCUUUCUUUCUUUCUUUCUUUCUUUCUUUCUAUCGUUUCUUUCUUUCUUUUUUUCUUUCUUUCCUUUUUCUUUCAUUCUGUCGUUUCUUUCUUUCUGCCGUUUCCUUUUCUUUCUUUCUUUCUUUCUUUCUUUCUUUCUUUCGUUUUUUUCUUUCUUUCUUUCUUUCUUUCUUUCUUCCUUUUUCUUUCUUUCCUUUUUUCUUUCUUUCCUUUUUCUUUCUUUCUGUCGUUUCUUUCUUUUUUCUUUCUUUCUUUCUUUUUUCUUUCUAUCGUUUCUUUCUUUCUUUCUUUCUUUCUUUCUAUCGUUUCUUUCUUUCUUUUUUUCUUUCUUUCCUUUUUCUUUCAUUCUGUCGUUUCCUUUUCUUUUUUCUUUCUUUCUUUCUUUCUUUCUUUCUUUCUUUCUUUCUUUCCCGCAAUCUCUCUCUCACGCUCAGACACACAGACACGCCUAUGAAUGUCUGACUUCCGACUUCUUCCUCUCCCGACCUCUUCCUAUUACGUUCAUAUAUUCCGACAGCUUCCUUUUCCGAUUUCUUCCUCUUUUCUUCAUAUAUUUUGACUGCAUCCUCUUCCUACAUCUUCUUAUUACGUUCAUAUUUUCGGACUGCUUCCUUUUAAGAUUUCUUCCUCUUAAGUACAUAUAUUCUGACUUCUUCGCUUUUCGAUUUCUUUCUCUGACGUUCAUAUAUUCCGACAGCUUCCGUUACCGACUUCUUCCUCUUAAGUUCAUAUAUUCCGACUUCUUCCUCUUAUGUUCAAAUAUUCUGACUUCUUCCAUUCCGAAUUCUUCCUCUUACGUUCAUAUAUUCCGACCGCUCCCUCUUCGACCUCUUCCUAUUACUUCAUAUAUUCCGAAUAGAAAUGCUUCCCUAAAGUUCAUAUCUAACCAAUUCUUUCUAUCUUUCUUUCUUUCAAAGUCUGGAUCUAUCUAUCUAUCUAUCUAUCUAUCUAUCUUUAUGCCAUCAAUAUCUGAAAACAUUCAAAUGCAGAUUGUUCAUUAUAAGAGAACCAAAACGUGA